GUGUUUCAAAACGGCACCUUAAUCAUCCCUCGCAUAAGCAAAAAGGAAGAUGGGAACUACACCUGCUCUGCUGUCAAUGACAUGGGAAAAGCCGAGCGCUCGGUGAGACUUGUCGUUGCGGGCACCAAAAAGCAAGCCAUCAUUUCCAUGCUGGACCCAAAAGCAUCCAGCCAUUUACCAGAAGACAAACCUGGUUCAAAAGGCUCCAAAAACAGCGUUAUGUGGUCCAAAUCUGAGGAGAAGACAAAGAGCCUUCCAACUGGAACAUCUCUCAUUACGGUGGAUAAAGAGCAAGUGGAAGAAGGGACUUUGCCAUUUGUUGGCAAAUGCGGAGUAAAUGAUGGCACGCAGUACAUCUCCAACCAUGCUUUCAACCUCAGCUUGGAUGAACUCAAACAAUACACAUUUGAUUUCGGAGUUAUUGCUCUGGAAGUUUCAGAAACUGAGGCCAAAGUUCAGCUGAACCCUUUCCAGAUGGCCAACGCGAAGUCAAACGUUCACCUCAGCCAACAACAGGACCUCCAAACUGUGAAUAAGGAGCCUUUUAGUCUUUUCCAGACGUCCACCAAAAAGUCACCCCUGGACAUGUUGUACCUUUGCGUCGGUACUGGCAAUGGACAUUCAGUGGUGCAGUGGUCCAAGAUAGAGGAGGGCGUCAACGCCUAUCGCUUCCAGGGCCUCAAGCCAGGCACUAAUUACACUCUGUGCCUAACCUAUGGGGGCCAGGACUGUCAAGUCCAAGUGGUCUUC